AUGUGCAGAUCCCACUGCCGAGCAGACGAAACCUGCGCGAACUACAAGUUUGGGAGCCGGUGCAUGAGGUAUGAUGUUCGCUCGGACGGGAACCCGGUCACGGUCAUCGCCAAGGUCACUAACUGCACCAACGAGGGUACCUGUAUGAAGGUGACACAUUCCGAAUGGUACCUUGCUGGUACGUAUUGCCCUUUGGGCAGAGACGCCGUGUUGGGUGGCAUCGUGUACCUUCGCGAGUACGUCACGCAGCAGGACAUGAUGUACCUGCGUGAGGGAUCCAGCGGCGGUUGUGGUGCUAACGAGUGGGCGUUGAUGGCACCUUCAAGUGCAGACUUCAUCGACAAGGCUCUUGGCCUUUUCGAGCUCCGUGGCGCCCGGCACGCCUGCAUCAGCAGCUCCUCCGUGGAACACGCUCUCUCGUGGUGUCCCACGAAGGCGUUGGCUUGGAUCGAAGAGCAGGAACAGGAUGAAGAGGGUCAGCCGGCCCUGGUGUUGGAUGACCCCGGAACAGCCCAGCCCGCCGACUUUUGGCUACAUCCCUGUGACUGUGCCCCAGAUGCCUGGGGGCCGGAUCUGCCUGUGGAUCCUCAGAUGUACGAGCAUCUCCCGGCCAACAGCAGCAACCAGUUCAUCCCGACCCCUUACGUCAUCGUCACAGGGCAGCUCGUUUGCCCCUCACGUCAACUGCUGGGAGGCGGCAUGGGUGUGCACUUCCAGUCAGAGGAGGAGGUCCUGGAGCCGGCGGACUGCGAGGCGCGAUGCCGGGAGCAGUCGACCUGCCUCUUCUUCUGGCACGGCUCGCAGCACGGAGCAUCGACCUGCCGCUUGUUCACCGGCUGCGACAACCUUGUCCGCGAGUUCAGCUUGGAAGGAGACCUGAAGGCAAUGCCGCGCACUCCCAGCUGCACUGUUGCCGAUGCAGUGAAAUGUUGGGCCACCUCCCUUCGCAGGAGUUUCCUGUCGAUGGCCUUCAGUCCAAGCGCAAACCCCGCGUCGGCGUCGGCUGGCAAUGCUGCCACCCUGAAUCUGCCGCCAAAGCCGCUGAGUGAGAACGCGGGGAGCGUGUGGCGCAGCUCCGUGGGAGACUUCGAGGGCCGUUGCAACAGGAACACCGUCUACCGGCGAGUGGAAGCUGGGAAUGGAGCCGAUCGCCCUGUUACCUUCCUCGAAGGCUACACAUGGUCAGGCUUCGACUUCGGAAACGUGAUUCCCCCGACCCACACCGUCUGUUCCGUCAGUCGCUACAGCAGGACUCCAGAUGGUGCGUCCCACAGAUUGCGCAUCUUGCAGUCCCGAAUGGCAAACAACUGGCUCCAUGGCCACCACAAUGGCCACGCCGGUGUUGCGUUCUACAACGGUUGGCUCACGUCUGAUCAAAGGCACAAAGAUGUUUCUGACUGGGUUGUGCUAUGCGGCACUAACGGUGCGCAACGAGCGUUUGAUGGUUUUUCGUCCGGCGCCCCGGCCAACAUUGCGUCCCAGUCCACAGCACCGGUGAAGUUCACGGAGACCAUACCUCUCUACAUCAACAAUGGCUGGGAUGAAAAGUCUGACUUUGCAGUCAUGGAGGUGAUCACCUGGGACAGGGUGUUGUCAGAAGCGGAAAUGGUGGCCACGGUCGACUACUUGAAGUGGAAGCUGAGGGCAGGUGCCGUGCUCGAGGCUUCGGAGCAUCUUGCCCCGGAAACCGAAAAGAACUUCGACUUUUGGGGGAAUCAAAAUUUGUGGCAUGUGAGUCACCAAACUUUCGAAGUCGACCUGGCCAACGGCUACAAAGCAGACUUGACAGGGUGGACAAGAACCCGAGACGUGGCACGGGGCUUUCUCACAGACAAAAACGGGGUAUCCACUGCAGUCGUGAAGGGCCUGACGCCAGCGGCACGGUACCUGUACCAGAUCUACAUGGUCCAUGAGGAGAACUCCUACGGGUAUGGCGAAGCCAAAAUGUCUGUGAACCAUGGUGCGCAGGGCAUAGGCGUCGGGGACAGCUUCAACGAAGCGAAGUUCUCCGGGGUGGCAGUGGCUUCGCCUAGAGGUGAGAUAAACUUCGAGUUCGAGCGCAUUUCUUUGCAUUGCGACCUUUCCGGCAUCGCCAUUGCGAAAGUGGGGCAGCCUCCGGUUGUCGCGAAGCCGGCAGAUCCACCAUCGCAGGGCAUGUAUGCCUGGUUCAAGAGCGAGAACGCUGGAUCUGUAUGGCCCAGCUCCGUGGGAGACUUUGAGGGCCAUUGCGACAGGAACAGCGUCUACCGGCGAGUGGCAGCGGGCAACGGAGCCGAUCGCCCCGUUACUUUCAUCGAGGGCUACACAUGGUCAGGCUACGACUUCGGGUCCGUGAUUCCCCCGACCCACACCGUCUGCUCCAUUACUCGUUAUAGCGGUCCGCACAAAAAGCGCCUUUUGCAGUCCAGAAAGGCAAACAACUGGCUCCAUGGCCACCACAAUGGCCACGCCGGUGUUGCGUACUACAACGGUUGGCUCACGUCUGAUCAAAGGCACAAAGAUGUUUCUGACUGGGUUGUGCUAUGCGGCACUAACGGUGCGCAACGAGCGUUUGAUGGUUUUUCGUCCGGCGCCCCGGCCAACAUUGCGUCCCAGUCCACAGCACCGGUGAAGUUCACGGAGACCAUACCUCUCUACAUCAACAAUGGCUGGGAUGAAAAGUCUGACUUUGCAGUCAUGGAGGUGAUCACCUGGGACAGGGUGUUGUCAGAAGCGGAAAUGGUGGCCACGGUCGACUACUUGAAGUGGAAGCUGAGGGCAGGUGCCGUGCUCGAGGCUUCGGAGCAUCUUGCCCCGGAAACCGAAAAGAACUUCGACUUUUGGGGGAAUCAAAAUUUGUGGCAUGUGAGUCACCAAACUUUCGAAGUCGACCUGGCCAACGGCUACAAAGCAGACUUGACAGGGUGGACAAGAACCCGAGACGUGGCACGGGGCUUUCUCACAGACAAAAACGGGGUAUCCACUGCAGUCGUGAAGGGCCUGACGCCAGCGGCACGGUACCUGUACCAGAUCUACAUGGUCCAUGAGGAGAACUCCUACGGGUAUGGCGAAGCCAAAAUGUCUGUGAACCAUGGUGCGCAGGGCAUAGGCGUCGGGGACAGCUUCAACGAAGCGAAGUUCUCCGGGGUGGCAGUGGCUUCGCCUAGAGGUGAGAUAAACUUCGAGUUCGAGCGCAUUUCUUUGCAUUGCGACCUUUCCGGCAUUGCCAUUGCGAAAGUCAGCUUGCCAGCCGGUUUGCUUCAGGAGGCAGCUGGUGUUUCACAGGUGGACUUGGCGGACGGGGGCAUUUCAGUAUCCUACAGUUGGGGCGUGUUUGGGCACUAA